GACGGUUCGGAUCAGCAGCCUUGGUCAUGUGAGCCGCUGCGUCAGUGGUCACGUGAGGGUCACGCAGCGGCAGUAGGCGGAAGUGAAGCUUGCAGAUUGUGGAAAAAAACAAACAGCGGCAGGAGCUUACAGAAUGACGACGGCUGCUCUGACGGCGGGUCUGGAGCGGAUUCCGGAUCAGCUCGGGUACCUGGUCAUCAGUGAGGACGGAGUUCUGGCUUCUGCAGGUGAGCUGGAGAACGAUGAGCACACUGCAGGCGUGAUCAUGCAGAUGGUUCGAACGGCCUGUCGCUUCAGGUUAUCUGGAUCUGCAGAGGCCCCCUUCAAACGCAUGUCAGUGAUCCUGGAGGACUUUGUGUACGUGGUGACAAUUUCAGGUCAGAAGGUGUUUGUGGUCAAACGUCAGAACAGCCAGCAUGAGCCCGUCAACGUGUAGGGAGGUCAGGAGGAAGAAGAUGGUGUCUAUUUGUGAUUGUUUUGUAUGUUUAAGUUGUCUAUAAAAUAAAAUGUUUAAAACUCCA